GCGCAGACGGAGCGCGCGACACAGCUUUACCGGAACAUUGAGAGAUUUGCUGAGUGUUGGGUUCACCCAGAAAGAGAUCCCGAUUCCUUCGUGGGCCUCCCCUCGGAUCCGAGGACGAGUCAACAGUUUGCUGAGUCUUUUAUUGGAUCCGUGAGAGAUGGCACUCAAAGCCCUGAUUUUCCUCACAGUUUCUCUCCAUCUUUCAUCAGCAGUCACACACUCUCUGCAGUACUUCCACACUGGAACUACAGGAAUAAAUUUCCCAGAAUUCACUGAUGUUGGUCAGGUGGAUGGAGAACAGUUUGUGUACUACGACAGUAACAUCAGGAAGAAGAUCCCAAAGACGGAGUGGAUACAGAAGAAUGAGGGAGAAGAUUACUGGGACAGUGAGACACUGAGUGGGCAGGGUAAUCAGGAGUGGUUCAAAGCCAAUCUGCCUAUCGCAAUGCAGCGCUUUAAUCAGACUGCAGGAGUUCACACACUACAGGUGAUGUACGGCUGUGAGCUGGAUGAUGACGGCACCACUAGAGGAUACUUCCAGUGCGGUUAUGAUGGAGAAGAUUUCGUCAGUCUGGAUCUGAAAACUAAAACCUGGAUCGCUCCGACACCUCAAGCUCUGUUCACCAAGAACAACUUGGACUCUACAGCAGCUGAGGCUCAUCACUGGAAGAGCUACCUGGAGAAAGAGUGUAUCGAGUGGUUAAAGAAGUACGUGUCUUACGGCAGAGAGACUCUGGAGAGGAAAGUUCGUCCCGAGGCGUCAGUGUUCCACAAACACUCUCCUUCUCCAGAGGUGGUGUGUCACGCUACAGGUUUCUUCCCCAAAGCAGUGAUGAUCACCUGGCAGAAGGACGGAGAGGACCUGAUUGAGGACGUGGAGCUCACAGAGACGUUACCCAACCAGGAUGGAAGCUUCCAGAAGAGGAGCAUUCUGAAAGUCCCAGCUGAGGAGCUGCAGAAACACAAAUACACCUGCGUGGUUCAGCACAGCAGCUUGGGGGAGGAGAAGAUGGUCCUAGAAGUACCGAAAGGUGGAGGAUCAGAUGGAGGGCAGAUUGGAGUCAUCAUUGGUGUCGUCGUGGCCGUCGUCGCUCUCGUCGCUGUUGUCGCUGCUGUUGUCUUCUGGAAGAAGAGGAACUCUGGAUUCAAACCUGUUCCCCCCAGACCCUCCUCUGAAGGAGAUUCUUCCUCCAACAACUCUUAAACUGUGGCUGUGUGUCUUCCUGCUGGAGUGAGAGAGAGAGAGGAGGAGAUAGAGAUGAGGAACACACACACAUGUUACUCCAGUGGGUAAUCUGGUGUGGGAUUUUCUCCGUGUUUCGAUGGACAGCUUUUUAUUGUGAAUCUGUUAUUGCUGUAAAAUGGAAUUAGUAGAUAGGGUUUUUUUCCCCUCCUUCUCGGUGUGUCGCUGUGUUUGAGGAAUGUAUAUAAGCUUCUGUCCUCUGUACAUUUUAUCACUUUUUUUAAUUUCCUUUAUUUUAACAAGUGCAGUCAUGCAGUAUAUCACAACCAAUCAUUUUCAGCAUAAAUUUAAGUGCUACGGGUACAAGUCUUAAUGGGGUUAAUCGUCCAUGGAUGAAAAAAGAGGGAACGUCCUCGCAUCAUAUCAAAUGAAAAUGUAAUGCAGUGGGGAUCCAGUUGUUUAGAAAUACCUGUUUUCAGUUGUAAUACUGCAGUCGUGUAUUCCAUAUUGUACAGAUGUUGAAUUCGGUCCCUCCAUUGUGUUAUUGUGGCCAGGCCCGUUUCAAGCUAUUUGGGGGCCCUAGGCAAAGGGGGAUCCCCAUAAUUAUCCCCCCCUCGACGAAAGGCCUUAUGGCCGCCUACCCACUGAAGACUUAAUAAAUAAACAUCACACAUAUUGUAAUCAUUCUUACGAUUUUUACUUAAUAAAUUAACUCUUUACAUUAUUAUAAAUAAUUAUCAAACCCAAUUAAACACAAGAAUAGACAAAAUACACACACACACACACACACACACACACACACACACACACACACACAUAUAUAUAUAUAUAUAUAUAUAUAUAUAUAUAUAUAUAUAUAUAUAUAAAUCAAAUAUGAAAAUAAGACAAAGUAAUAUAAAAUGUGCAAAUAACACAACACUAAAUAUUUACAGUAUAUACACAAGUAGAAAUAACUUCAAAUGGUGAUUAAAUGAUUACAAACAUGAAUAAGAAUCUUAAUAAGAACCAGCACACACAGAAAAGUGCAAAAGGUAUAGAAAAACACAUAAAAAUUUAAGAAUACACAACUAGAAUCAUGGAAGCAAAAACAAUACAGAGACACAAGCGAAGCAAACUUGCCAUGUCGUAGCCAUUAGCUGUGCUGAUCGCAGCAGGGCUUCCUUGCAGAAAGUUCGGGUUUCUUAGCUAAAUUACUGCAUUAAUAUCCAACCAAGGUCACAAACGUAGCCUAUUUAUGUAAAAAAGAGCUUUCUUGUGAGCCAUCCCCUGUCCUACUCCAUUCAUGCUCACGACACACUAGCUACUUCUGAUGACAGCCAUGCAGCUCGCUGAAACUAACUCUGACUAUGACAUUUUGAUAAACACAAUACGUUAAUCUGGGAGAAGUUGACAGUCUUUCACCUAUUUGUGUGGCACAUAUUAGAAUUUUUAGCCAGUCCUUGCAAGUUUGUAAGCCUGUUGUGCAUGACAACGUUUACAUCACUGUUAUAAACACAGUCUACAAGAUAACUACCAUUAACGUAAGCUAGCUACCAAAUUUGCUUGUCGACCCGCUUGGUAUUAGUGUGUGUACAUUUUCACUUACCAGUGUCUUGUUUUUUUCUGUCUUCCUCUUCCCUUUUCUUCUUUCUCUUCUGGCUCCCUGAGGGGUAAUUUUGCUUCAUAUUUGAUUUUGUUUUGUUUUUUUUGCCAUGGAGCUCUGCAACCACUUGACUGGACGGAGAUGGGUAUUGAGGGGUAGCCUGGGCCCACCCAUCCUAAGUGUGACGCAACACGAGGGCCUGUUGCGAGCUUAGUCUGGCAAGGCAAGCUAUCUACAGCUCUUCCAAGCUCCCGAAAAAUCGGGAGCCAAUCAACUUUGAGCAUCUCCAAUGGCCCUGGGUAGAGGCGUGUUCAAGGCACUGACAUAGUAGAACUGCGACCGGAAGCCAUAGAUUGUUUACAGAAUCUAUGCCGGAAGCGCUUCAUUCACUAGAAACAUUACGAACAUGGAGCAAGUUCUCAUUGAAAACGGAGCAAAGAGCAGCCCUGGAGGUAUUUAUUGAAAGGAAGGACGUUUUCGCCUUGCUCCCGACCGGCUUUGGUAAGAGUUUAAUCUACCAGUUAGCCCCGUCGCGUCACAUACGUCAGAGGAAAGAGUGAUGUGAUUGGUUUAAGCUUCGUCACAGCCUUUUCUGGCUUCGACCAGUAGCAAACUGAGGAAUUUCAGGGAGGCGGGUCAACCACGCACUUUGGGAAAUGGUUGGGCUUAAUAUCUUUGCCAGACCAAAUGCUCGCAGAGCUUUGAAGUCGCGUUAGCCAGACUAAUUGAGGGGUUGACAACAGACUGUCAUUGCACUUUUCGGCCAAAGCAUGUAGGGAGGCGCUGUUGUGCAUUAGGGGGCCCCCCUUGGAACUAGGGUAUUUCAACAAGUGUCAUUAGGCGCUGUGCUGCCACGCUCAAAAAGUUGUCAUUGCUAUUGAAUACAUAACCAUUCAUUCGGCAGUGGGGGCCCUUCGAGGGCUGGGGCCCUAGGCAGUUGCCAAGUCUGCCUACCUUGUUGCAAUGGGUCUGAUUGUGGCUUCAGCCAGGAGGCUGUUAUUCCUUUAUUUGCAAUUAGAAGAAAGAUUCUUAGCAAUUUUAUAUUGACUAUGAUAUUUGUAUGAUUUUUUUUCCUCUUAUGACCACUUUUGCUCCCUAAAUUGAAGGGUUAACUAUCAUUUAUCUCAAAGUAUUCUUUUAUAUGUCUCAGAUCCUCUACUGUUUGUUUCAGUACACUGAAAAAAAUGUCUUGUAGAAUUUACUUAAAUGUGAGUGCAAAUUGUUACAAGGAUUUUUUAACCCUGAAGAACCCACGGGGUCAAAUUUGUCAUUUAAUGCAUAGUUCAUAAUUUUCCAAAGAAGAAAAGGGUGCUUGGGUUCUCCAGGGUUAAAGUAAAUUUUAAUGCUGUAAUAUCAAGUAAAAUGUUCUUACUACUCACCUUAACAUGGGUAAAGAUAUUAAGUAAAUGUUUUCAUAUAGGAAAAUCACUGUCAUCAAAAUAUUAAGUAAAUGUUACAUGUUUCUAUUAUUUUACUGUUGUGUGAAAAGUAAGUUACUUUUUUUGUUUAAAAAUUUGAAUUCAUACAAAGUUUUUACUUCCUGUAAUUAUGUAAAUAUUGUUUAUUUUGAUAAGUUACUUGUAUCACAAACCAAACCAUUAAAAUAUAAUGCAGUUAAA